GCCGAGCUCAGCCGAGCCGAGCCGGCAGAGCUCCGGGCGGGAAGGCGGCGCAGCCCGCACCAUGUCGCCGCUCCGCGUCUGCAUCGUCGGCUCUGGGAACUGGGGAUCGGCCAUAGCAAGAAUCAUUGGCCAAAAUGUUCAGAAGUCCAACAGAUUUGAUCCUACUGUCAGGAUGUGGGUAUUUGAAGAGACCAUCAAUGGAAGAAAACUCUCAGAGAUAAUCAACCAAGAACAUGAAAAUGUUAAAUAUCUGCCUGGAUACAAGCUACCCAAAAAUGUGGUGGCUGUACCAGACAUAGUGGAAGCAACAAACGGGGCAGACAUUUUAGUGUUUGUCCUGCCACAUCAAUUCAUUGGACGGAUUUGUGAGCAGAUUGCCAGCCAGAUGAAACCCGGGACGUUUGGGAUUUCACUGAUCAAGGGCAUCGAUGAGGGUCCUGAUGGCCUGAAGCUCAUAUCUGACCUCAUUCGAGAGAAACUGAAAAUAGACAUCAGCGUGCUGAUGGGAGCCAACAUAGCCAAAGAAGUGGCUGAUGAGCAGUUCUGUGAAACCACCAUUGGCUGCAAAAACGAAAAGCAAGGGGAAAUCUUCAAAGAAUUACUGCAGACCCCCAAUUUCAGGAUUACUGUGGUGCUUGACUCUGAUACGGUGGAGCUUUGCGGAGCCUUAAAAAACAUCGUGGCAGUGGGAGCCGGGUUCUGCGAUGGGCUGGAUUUCGGUGAUAACACAAAGGCAGCAGUGAUUCGCUUGGGCCUCAUGGAAAUGGUGGCCUUUGCCAGGAUGUUCUGCAGGGGACAGGUAUCAACAGCCACUUUUCUGGAGAGCUGUGGUGUCGCUGACCUAAUCACUACCUGCUACGGGGGACGCAACAGAAAAGUAGCGGAAGCCUUUGCUCGCACGGGGAAAUCCCUUGAGGAACUGGAAAACGAGAUGCUGAAUGGACAAAAACUGCAAGGCCCUCUGACCUCGGCCGAAGUCUACAAGAUUCUGAAACAGAAAAACAUGCUCAAUAAGUUUCCAUUAUUUACAACCAUCUACAGGAUCUGCUAUGAGGGUCUAUCGGUCCAGGAUUUCAUCGCGUGCCUGCGGAACCACCCAGAGCACAUGUAGAGAGCCCCUCUCCUCCAUCUGGUUGCAUUCUCAUCUUCUCAGGACUUGUGUCCACUCCCCAGCAAAUAAAAACAGAAAAAGAGGUUGUGUGACAACGUUUGCUGUAAACACAGCAACGAAUGUAUUUCAGUAUCUGCCUUUAAUCUCAACCUUAUACCCAAGGAGCAGGAAAUGAAUGUAAAAAUGUAACAGCAUUUGAAUUAGUAACUGGGCAUUUCCCUAGAGUUACUUUCUUGCUGAUUGAAAACAGUUCCCUUUCUCCAUUCCAUAAUGAGCUCCAUCUAGCUCAUGUGAAGCUCAACACUUAUGAUUCUGUGAUUUUUGCCUACUGGUCUUAGGGAACAUGAUGCAGAGGAACUCAUCCAAACAGAAGAGUCCAA